AUGAUGGCCUCAAAACCCAGCAAUCCGGAGCAUCGGGUUGAAAUCCAGCCUCCAGAAAUCACCGCUUCGAAGGGAGCUGCCCGAUGGCACAAGAUUCUGAUCGUGUUCGGGGUCCUGCUGUUCGCCAUCUCGUUGCUCUUUCUCCUCCUCAAUUCGAACGGAAGUUACGGUGAGGAUUCUGAAGACUUGGUCGUUUUCGAUGCGUCAGGACCGGUGAAGCCUUCUUCAUUUCCGUCGCCCUCAAAUACUGGCGAACACAUCUGCCUGACGAAGGGAUGCAUCGAAGCGGCCGGGCUUUUGCUCCAAAACAUGGACCCAACCGUCGACCCCUGUGAGGAUUUUCACGAGUUUGCCUGUGGUCGUUGGAAUCAGGCCCACAAGGAGUCCUACUAUGAAUACCGCAAGGCGCAGCUGCCGAUCCGGAUCAUCGGUAUCGAUUCACAAUUUUUCGACGAGCUU